AUUGAAAAAGGUCAGGACAAACAUGAUGUAUAAACUAAAUGUUUAUAAAUAAAACGUCGACCAUUAUCCCCGUCCCUCAUCUUAGUGACGAUGUAGCAAUGCUUACUACAAUUUCAUUUUCCUUAUUUGAAACCUAGACAGAUCGUUGAAAUUAGUUCACAUGAUAUGAGAAAGACGAGUAUUCUAUGUGUAAUACGGUUUUUUUGUGUCCCUAAGCUAUAGGUUCGGAUUUAUGGCUGGUUCAUGUGGAUUGUCUACGUUCAGUGAACUAUCAUGAUGUACCCUCGUCUUUCAGCACACUCUUUGACUCUCUUUCGGCGUCGGUCGUCACACGGUCACGAUUUUGCAUGGCGUGCUUGCGCUUCCUCCUACGUCACGGCUGUUUGAGGAGUGGACGGGCACGCGUGUCCAAAGCAGACAAGUCCCAUCCAGGCUAAAAAUAGUUUGUUACCCGGUAUCGGUAGGUUGUGGUACACGUCUAAGUGACGUCAUUUGUGCUUUUUUGGUGAAGGAGUAAAUUGACCUUUUGUACUAUCCGUCUGCUUUAACGCUUUCGCUCCCUUUCUUUUGGGUAAUUCCUGAUGCAUCAGCAUUCAUUUAGCAUCUUUUUGUAAAGUUAUUUUUUUGGUGAAGGCUAAGUGGUUAGUCUAGGCUGCAGGGCGUCAGCUGAUGGAAACAUACAAGGAUAUGGGCAUGCUGGUGUUAAAGAGAAGAACACACCAACAAGAUCAUCGUUUGACCAUGGAGACGGGGAGACACGGUUUCACUGUGUCUGUGUGUGUGUGUGUGUGUGUGUGUGUGUGUGUGUGUGUGUGUGUGUGUGUGUGUGUGUGUGUGUGUGUGUGUGUGUGUGUGUGUGUGUAUACACCGGCCAGUUGAAAGGGGCUGGGGUUGGGGGGAUUAUCGGCUGGGUCAGGGGGAGGGAGAAGCAUGGAUGACUCAUACUGUAGCUGCUGAUAUUCUGUAUGGACACAGCACUAGGUAGCCUAUAAUGACGUGGAGGAGAAGUGUUUCAUAAAAACAAUUGGCUAGGCCUUUUCAGGUCUUGGCUUAUGGCUAAUAUUGGGAUCUUCCAAGGUUUUCUCUUUGAGGUUUUAGGGCAUCACCCAAUUUGACCCAAACACAGAUGUCGUGACUUCAAUCAAAACACAAACACGAAGUGACAUCUUAGAUGAUAUUGUGAGUUCAGUGUUUGGAAACUUCUCAUGUGAUAAAAAACACGAACCCUGGAAAAACUUUAGUUUAAGUGUUGUUUUCAGUCAGCUGAACUUUGGAUAGUCCUAGCCUAUCCGACUAGAGUCGAGACAUUUAUUCAGCAAUGUGUUGAAGGUUGUUAAGGUGUGUUAUGUUAAGGUUGAAGCACUAUAGGUUCAUUCUUUAAGUUCUACAUUUACACGUAAAGUGUUAUUUUAAAAACGGUAAAAUAUAUAAAGCUGUAGUAUUUGACAACCCCACACACGACCCCACCACCAUUGUUGUGACCAAUGACUGCACACACAGAGAGACACACACUUCCCAGUCAUAACUGAAUGACGGCAGGUCGCUAUGGAAACUGCGUUACGCUCCGGGCGGCCGGAGGAGAAAACAAAGAGAGCGACGACUCAUUCCCGUCUUCAUUUCAGCACCAUGCGAGCUCCUGGACAGCUCCUAGCCUCAUAUGCCUUACAAGGGACAGAGUCGCAUCAGCACCGAGCCUAACCGGAGUGGGUACAGGGACUUCAGAAGAAAAGCAAGCCUCCGAAAUAGAGAGUCAGACUCACCGAACCUGGAACUCGGUGUACACUCAAGGUUGAGUUCUUCUGUGAAGCCAGGAGCGAGGUGCUCCCUCAGAUGCCUCAGCAACAGGGCAGCAGUAUGUCUGAGACCAAAUCCAGCCAGCGGUUCCACAGCCUGAAUGCGGAGCAGGUGGAGGUUCUCCAUCAGGUUUUGUCAGAGGUUGUUCCUAUCCAUGGCCGCGGGAACUUUCCCACAUUGGAGCUGCGUCCCCGAGACAUAAUCAUAGCUGUGCGGGCCAGGCUUCAGAAGCAGGGAAUAACAGUUAGAGAUGUUCGUCUGAACGGCUCCACAGCCAGCCACGUGCUUGUCAGAGACAGCGGAACGAGCUGCAAGGACCUGGACAUCAUCUUUGGAGUUGAGUUGCCCUGUCAGGAGGAGUUCCAGGUGAUCAAAGAGUCCGUGCUGGGGUGCUUACUGGACUGCCUACCUUCUGGGGUCAACAGAGAGCGGAUCAGCAGUGCCACAAUGAAGGAGGCCUACGUCCAGAAAAUGGUGAAGGUCUUCAAUGAACAAGACCGCUGGAGUCUCAUCUCCCUCUCAAAUAACAGUGGUAAAAACCUGGAGCUCAAAUUUGUGAGCGUGCUGAGGCGGCAGUUUGAGUUCAGUGUUGAUUCCUUCCAGAUCAUUCUGGAUCGUCUCUUGGAGUCCUACAUGCAGCAGGAGUCACUGCACAGAAAUAAAACAGUUGAUCUUGAAGACCAGCCUGCAGACAAACAUUUAGUGAAUCAGUGUAAAGACUCUCCCUCACUUCUCCAACAGGCCAACUCUACAGAAAUAGAUAACUAUACUGGUAGAGACUUACUCAGCAAGAAGGGGGCUCCAACCAGUCAGACACUUCCGAGAGACAAGGUGCAUGAAAAGGACUCCCAGAUAGAUAUAUCACACCAAACUGAACAUUCAAACCUGACAAAACACUCCAAAGUUGAAAAAGACAACAAAGUGAAAACACCAGGAGAGCUGAAAGAAGCAUCAGAACACACAGAAAACAUUAAUGAGACAAACGUCUCCGACCAGACCUCUAUAAAUCUUUUGACAGAAAAGAAACCAACCUCUGAAAAAGCUAAACCACCAGCUCAGAUUGACCUCGGACAUGAGCCAGAGAUGUCAAAAAAGACCAAAUACUCAACAAAGGUAGAAAACUCAGAGCAAACCGAGCCCUGUGUCGGCCAACAGCCACCACAUUCAAAUACCCAGGAACUCACCGUCCUUAUAGAACAGUCGAACCACACUAAACCUCCCGAUGAACAGAAAACCCCCACAGAGCACAGUGAACAUACAGAGAUGCCGAAAUCCUCACACGAAACCCAGACAGAGUCUCUAAAUUUUGCAAAAUUGAACAAUAUCGACUUUUUAAAGUGUUUCAGUGAGGAUCAGGGCAACAAAGGAAAAGAUCACACUCUGCAUGUGUCGACCGAAGACUCCAGCACAGCUUUACAUGCAAAGAAAGAAACUCAGCUAGCAGAUGAAAACAGAGUUGAAACAGAAACAUGGGAGCAAACUGAAAGGGAAAGUGAUACAGAAAUAACUGAAAUUACAGAAGAGAGUUCAUCAUUAGAAGAAAAAACUGUAGAAGAUACAGAGGGUAUGGAUUGUUCCCGUCCCACCUCUUCCAUAUGGUUUACACCUCACGACACACUGGAGCUCCACAGCACAUCUCACAUAGAUAACUCAGAUGAAACACCUAAAACAAGUGAUGCCCUCAGUCCCCCAGAUACUCAGGAUGUUUUACCUGCACCACCAAGCCUUGUUUCCGACAAUAAGACCUCCUCCUCUCCUUCUUGUAAGGCCUCAGAACGUCUGUCUCACAUGGUAGUACUCAAACACUCCUCUCCCAAACCCCCUCGGAGGAUGUGUAGGAAGGGUUACCCUACUCCGCUCCCCAGUCAAUUUUCUGAUCCUGUUCCAGAGCCCUGUCUAGAUCCCGAUCCUGAGAUGGCCCUUGACGCUAAGCCAGUAACCUCCAGUUCAGACCCCUCUCCUACCCCAACAACCAAUGUGUCUGAUGAAAUAAAUCCUGGGCCUGAACCCAAACUUUCAAGUAACCAACCUGCAAAUCUAGACCUUACCGUAGCUCCCGAGUCUGCCCCUGAAAUGAUAGCCCCCCCUGUUGUCGAUCCUAAUUCUGCUUUACCUCAUGAGCUACCUAUCUCUCAGUUAAUCACAGAGAAUUCUGAUGAGACAAGUAGUCAGGGCUUAAAAGAGACACAAUGUACAAAUAUGGAUUCUGAUUCUCAAUGCCAGUCCUCCCCUAAAGAGCCUAUCCCUGCACCCGAGCAAUCAGAGCCCCCCGACUCAGUGGACACAUUAGAUAUGUUCGAGACAAACACUCAAGAACCUGUACAUACCUCAGAAGUUGAGCUCAGUGAUGAAGAUGAAAAUGGAGAACUACAUACCAAAAAGUUGGGCUUGAAUCAGGCAGAUGGCAACCCUCAAGAGACCACACUAAGUCCAUCCUCCUCUUCCCUCUGUGUCACCCCUCCUGUACUCAGUCUUUCCCCACCCUACUGCACUCCCUCGCCCCCCAGCCUCAGCCCUCCCCAAUGUCUGACCCCUCCCUCUCACUGCCUCUCAUCCCCAAUGAUGAACAGCCCUGCUACUAGCUUUAGCUCUCCACCCCGGAGUGUCAGCCCUACCUCAUCCUGCCUCAGCUCACCUCCUUACCUGACCCCUUCCAUGCUUAGCCUCAGCCCCCCUCCACACUGUCUUAGCCCACCUUCCCCCUGCCUUAGCCCUCCCCUCCUUUGCCUCACCCCGCCAAUAGAGUCAGACGACUUUGUACCUCAGGUAUCUUCCGACGUGGAGCCUUUGAUACUGAACACAGACAGCCAGGAGCUGAUGAAAGAGGCCUCCCCUCAGCCAGGAAUUCCUCUUCUACAAAUGGAAGAAAAAAAGGAACAAGAUUACAUCUCCUCUUUGUCUCCUGUUGCAGAGCCUGUUUCUUUUCCAAUCACAAUCCCCAGCUCAACCUCACAUGUGCUGCCUCACUCUCAGUCUGGAGGCCCAGAGGAAUCAGCUCUACCACCAGCAGAUCAUGUAUCCAGCUCCAUGCCUGAGAACAAAGAGGCCCCCAAGGUACCCACCAACUUGUCUGAACAGAGCAACAAUCCACAGGCAUCAGGUUCAGUCCCUGCUGUAGAGGUCUUGGCAGAGAGCAUGUAUGGUGACUUUGAGGCAGCCAUGGACCACUUGCGCUACCGCCUAAUAGCUACCCGGAACCCUGAGGAAAUUCGGGGUGGUGGCUUGUUGAAAUACAGCAACCUGCUGGUUAGGGACUACCGUCCUGCCAGUGAGACUCAGAUAAAGACCCUGGAGCGCUACAUGUGCUCCCGCUUUUUUAUCGAUUUCCCUGAUGUGCAGGAGCAGCAGAGGAAGAUCCUGUCCUACUUGAAGAACCACUUUAUAGGAGAGGAGAGAAGCAAGUACCAAUACCUGAUGACGCUGCGCCGCGUGGUUGACGACAGCACUGUGUGUCUGAUGGGUCACGAGCGGCGUCAGACACUGAACAUGAUCACAGUGCUGGCACUGAAGGUUCUAGGAGAACAGAACAUUAUCCCUAACACAGACCAUGUGACAUGCUUCUACCAGCCUGCCCCGUAUCUUGCAGAACACACUGCUCCCUAUUUAGUAGAACCCAGCUAUUGCAGCUACUACAUACCCCAGGGAGGAUCAACUCUGCUUUACCAACCUUACCCAUUACACCUGCAUUCACAGACUGGACUAGUCUGAAACACAAACACACUUAACUACACUAAACUCACAGUGGAGCAAGGUGCUUGCCAUGAAGGAAGAGCUGGAGAAUUGAAAUCUAAUCCAGGGAUUAACUGUUUGGUCUAUAAUAGACCUAUGGGGGUGGGAAUGAUUGGGUUUUACAGUAAACUCCCCAAGUACCCUGUAUGGUUUCAACAUGAUUAUAUGUAAUUAUCUGGGCUUUGUGGGAAAGUAAUAAUUCUUCCGAUAUUGUUCAAAUUCCAGAAAAUGCUGUAUGCACUGCAUGAGUCAUAGCCCUUUGGUCUCCUUUGGAAACCAGCUGAGCUGUUGACAUUCACACACAUCCACAGACAUAUUCAUAAACAAACACACACACACACACACACACACAUUUAUAUAUACAGUAUACACACAAACACACUUCCAGGUUCUUGAAUUCUCGUAUACUCUUUUCAUGUUCUUAUUGUGUUGUUUCUAAAGGGUUUGUUCAGAAUGUGGACCUUGCCUGUGGUUAAUAUUGUGCAUGGAAAUUAGGACUGUUCUCUCACUGCCAAAUACUGUGUGACUACUAUGCUUCUUAAACAGUUUAAUGUAACUUUGUUGAACCUUUACUAAAUGGGUGUAUUCUGAAAAAAAAAAGAUAAGGGAUAAGAGUCUACCAGUGUGUACAGUACUUUCAUCAGAACAUACCCAUGCAUGCACAACACAAACACACAAAUACACACACACAAGCAAACAUACAUACAGUAUACUUUAUGCACACAAGGUAAGACAAUGCAUGAGUAGCUAAAUAUAUAGAAAACAUCCUGAAGUCAGGCAAAGGCUUAUCAUUUAAUAAAAAUUGAUCUAUUUUUGCAAGACUUUCCAAGAUAAAACUCAGUGAUAAUCAGAAUGGUUAGUUCCUACAGUAAAAUGCCAACAACAAUGCCUUUGCAAUAGACUGUACAGCAUAUUGAUGACAGUAUAUUUUGUGCGGAUAAACUGCAUUGUUUUCAGGUAAAUUGUGUUCAGAUGUAGUGCUUGAUUCCGUUCCCUCGUGGAGUCUCUUCUGUAGUCGUGAAGUACUGUACCAUCCAGUGUUGAUUUGUUUAAUGCUAACGUUUACUCUAUGGAGGUGGUCAGGUUAUAACCAUCUUUGGGUCAUCUCUAAACAUGGCAGACGCAGAUCAAUCUGUCAAAACCGUAAGAAGUACAUCCAAACUCCUGUGACUCCUCUCAGCAUGAAUCAGUGUCCUAUAAUUCACCCAGCCAGAAUCAACAUGGAACAAGUUCAAAUUCACCUCAGUCCUGUUUGGAUCUUCGUUUCAAAGCCGUGAAACUGCAACUAUGACCAAAGAUGGUUCGGUAGGGAAAAUCAAGUGCCUAAAUGUGAGACAUCAUUGGCAUGUCUUUAUCUCACUGCACUGGGGGGUGUAAACGGGGUGGGCCUUGGUCUGGGUUGGGUACGUGUUCAGUUUUUGACCCCUGUUAUUGCUGCCCAUUUUGAUGUCUUCUUUAAUGUAGUCCUUUGUUGUAGUUUAUUCAUGUACAUUUUGAUAAAAUAAAGGAGAAACUCA